UUCCCGCCCAGGGUGGAUUGCAGAAGCCGAGAGGAGGAGAGAUCUCCAGACACGAGAGGAGGUUAUAGGAAGAGGAGAGGAAAAAGCAAUGCCACAACGAGGAGAGAGCUGAGAGAGAGAAAGAGAGAGAGAGAGCGGGAGAGCGAAGCAGAGGAGGGGGGAAAUCCACAGUGCAAGAAGCCGCUCUCCCCCAGAGCCUGAUCUUUUCCACCCAGGCGCAGGCGAAGCAUUCCCCUCCAAGAUCGGUCCAAUGAACAUGUCAGUGUUGACUUUGCAAGAAUACGAAUUCGAGAAGCAGUUCAACGAGAAUGAAGCCAUUCAGUGGAUGCAAGAGAACUGGAAAAAAUCUUUUCUGUUUUCUGCUUUAUAUGCUGCCUUUAUAUUUGGUGGUCGGCAUCUAAUGAACAAACGAGCAAAAUUUGAACUAAGGAAACCACUAGUUCUUUGGUCUCUGAGCCUUGCUGUCUUCAGUAUAUUUGGUGCUGUUCGAACGGGUGCUUAUAUGGUGUACAUUUUGAUGACCAAAGGACUAAAGCAGUCAGUUUGCGACCAGAGUUUUUACAAUGGACCUGUCAGCAAAUUCUGGGCUUAUGCGUUUGUGCUAAGCAAAGCACCAGAACUAGGAGAUACAAUAUUUAUUAUUCUUAGGAAACAGAAGCUCAUCUUUCUCCAUUGGUACCACCACAUUACUGUACUGCUGUAUUCCUGGUACUCUUAUAAGGACAUGGUGGCUGGUGGUGGCUGGUUUAUGACCAUGAACUAUGGUGUGCAUGCGGUCAUGUACACAUACUACGCCCUGCGGGCUGCUGGCUUCAGAGUGUCACGCAAGUUUGCCAUGUUUAUCACUUUGUCGCAGAUUACCCAGAUGUUCGUGGGAUGCAUUAUCAACUACCUAGUUUUUGCCUGGAUGCAACAAGGCCAAUGCCACUCUCAUGUUUCAAACAUUGUCUGGUGUUCCCUAAUGUACCUCAGCUACUUUGUGCUCUUCUGCCAUUUCUUUUUUGAGGCAUACAUUGGCAAAGCAAGAAAAGCAAGGAAGGCCGAGUAAAGCUAGAAAACAAGACAGAAGCUGCCGCUCAGGUCAUCCACAAAACCAACGAACACAAAGGAAAAAAAGGCACAAGGAAACAUUUUAUGUAUGGUGCAACUAAAACCCAGCAGCCAAGGAACAGCUAGGCUUGUUCAAACCAGUAAGUUUAUGAUCCUGUCAUGGUGAGGGCUCACUGAGUGAUCUCAAAAGGCUGCUGUAAGAUAUUUUCCUUCUUGCAUCUGUCUGCUCUUAAAACACACACAUUUUUUUUAAAAAAAGAAAGCAAAAGCAAAUGAAGAUAAGGAUUUUGCAAAAUAAAAGAUUAAAACAUCUUGUUUCCCUGAGCAUAGAUGACUUUUAUUAAAAAGAAGUAAUUAUUUAUAUAUCCUUUCUAACUUUGUUUUUUUAAAAUUUAGAACAUGAACCAAAUUUAAGCAGAAGGAACAUGACAAUUUGGAGCUGCCUUGUAUCCAUGUCAGAGGAUCUGGCCUUUUACUUUCUACUCUGACUAGCAGCAGUUCUCCAAAAUCUCAGACAGUUGCCCUGCAACUUGAGGUCUCAUGGUUACAGAACGGAGUAGUCCAGAGGCGAAACCUGAAACCUUCUGCAUACUCCUUUGGGUGAGCUUUGCCCCCUUCAAUUACCACCAGUGUUUUUUGCAGCAACAAGCAAAACCCUUUCUCCUGAAAAGAGUUGUACACUAAAAAGUCCCAGUGGGAAACUGAAAGGUUAAUCCUGGGUGUCUGUUCUAGGUAGCCAUUAUUCCACUGAAAGAAUAAAUGGAGAAGAAUUAGUGGAGAUCUUGUGUGCACAUUCUGUAUACUAUCCUGGAGAAGAUCUGGUGUGCCAACUAAAGAUGUGAUAUGAGAUACUGAUCUAGGAUUAGCUAUUGUUGAGAUGCAUAUCAGACAAUUUGUUCAAGUGCAUUUUCUUGUUUAAAAGCAAGUCACAGAAGAGUUUAAGAUGCAAGCAACACAUCUUGCUUGGGGUUAAAAAAAUAAAUGAGAGCAAGAUGGAGAAAUGAAGGGGCUAAAUUAUAGACGGUAUAUCAGAGCAAACUGCCUCUCAAAGUGCUCUACGAUUCUUCCCAAAGGGCACCAUUGUUCCCAAGACCAGUUUUAGCAUAUUGUUUCAGGGGCAAAAAAUAUGGUUGCUGUGGGCCUGCUGUGUUGUAAUACAUUGUCAACAACACCAAUCUAAAGUCAGUUGCAUGAGCUAGGUCGGUGUGGUUCAUGCACUGGCAUGCUGGACAAAUUCUGAGUGUAUAUCCACAGCACUCAGUCCAAAGCCAUCUCUUGAAAUGCAAAUAUUACAGUGGGGUUGGUUUUUGAAAGAAACACAAGUGCACAAGAGCUCUGUGCUUGGGGUGGCUUCCCUUUUUCUUCUGGCUCUUGACCCCUGCCAUAAUUCCCAAUUCAAGAUCAAGAAAUUAUUGUCACUAAGAGAACCUGUGGUGUGUCUGUGUGGACAUGUGUGCCUGCAAGUCUACCAUAUAACCCAAACCAUCUACAAGGAAAGGUGUACGGAAAACAUCACUUUCUGUUCCUAACAAAUGAAUGCAAGCAAGACUCCAAUAGCCAUGAGUCAAAGAGCCAUCACAGACAGAAGAAAGCACUAGCUGCCCUAAGCACAACACAGCCCUGACGUUACAGCAUUAAGUGCAAUUUGAGUGAAAGGUGCAAAGAUUUAAUGGAAAAUCUAAAUAUCUUUAGAGAGGUUUUAGUGUUGGGUAGAAACUUCAGGGAAGACAACCCUGUGGAGUGGAAGAUGUUUUAUAUUUUUAUGAACUUAAAAGAAUAGAUAUUUGCAACCUUAAUAGCAUUCUGCAGGACUUUAUGUGACUUUAGGUAACACUGUGCUUCUGCGUUUGCCUCACAAGCAAUGCAAAGAUGUUUAAAGUGCCCUCCUCUGGUCACUUGGAGAUAUUACAAAGGAAGACAUAACUUGGCAUCAUCCUGCUCAAAGUUUUAAAUGGGGGGAAGCUUGACUGGAGUAAUUGUGUUGCAACGAAUUAACUCUAAUGUCCAGAGAGAACUAUUCCUAUUUUAGAAACUGAACCUGUAGAAAGAAAAAUACACUGUAGCAUUCUUGAUCGCUCAAAGAGACACCUGGUUCUUUGGUCAGCUGCAGAUACAAGGACAAAAUAUUUCACUCUUAACCUCAGAGAAUUAGCUGAAAAGAGCCAUAUUUUCUACAAGGAAAAAGUAGAUUGUAUUAUCUGUAAGAUUUCAGUCCUUACAAAGCCAAAUAAAAUGUGUAAACGUUCCUAGUACUUCAAAGAAACAAGUAUGUAAACUUGAUGUUAUAACUGUGUUAACAUAGUACUCUCAAUUGUAUCAGUUUGGUAGUUUAAACAGUUAGAAGAGGAACCAAUUAAGAACCGCUGUUUUACAUAGAAAGUCAUACAUGCCUAUAAGCUACACCCCAUUAACCACCUGUUAUGUGAAUUGUCCAAAAUUUAAGCUGAGAGGCAGAAUCACUCUUCUUUGUUCCGGGUAUUGCAAAAUGUCAGCUUUCUUGCUUUAAUCCGAGACUGUACAAUACAAUGUAUUUCCCCCCUAACUUUAGAUUCAUCUCUGUUGUCCGUCAUUCAUAGCACAGAGCUGAUGUAAUAUCCAGUUAGACAUAACAAGGGCUUAAAUGUCUCAUGGUGUGCAGUAAGACUGCUACAUUCUGUAUUAUGUGAGUGGUGUUUUUAAGGGAAGGAGGACCAAUGAAAAAGCUCUCUGAGGCUUAAAUCAUGACUGGAAAAAAAAAGACAAAGAGUUUAUCUUGGUCUUGUUUAAGUUGUAGAUGUUCUGCCAGUGUUAUACAGCACCAGAAGAACAGCAAGCUGUUACAUUCAGUAGAACAUAUGACAUGACCUUAAUUUAUAGAACUCCUGUAUGAAUGGAAAUGUUAAUUAAAAUGUAAACUAUGUCAUUUUUACAGUUUGGGGAGUAGAUUAUACUCUACGAUAAGCCUUUAACAAAAAAAAACAUCUCCCUCCUUCCUCCAACCUGCAGUAUUUGAAGCAAGCCAAAAUCAGUUAUUAUAGAAAUGCAAAAUUAUUUGGGAGCAAUAGUAAGCAAUUCUCUGUUGUGCCAUUUAUUUUGUGUCUCUCAUUUCUCUUUGUUUUUGUGCAAGCUGAUCUCCCGGAUCUUUCUCGGAUCAGUUUUCUCUCUUUCCCAUCUCUCUGUUUGGAAAUAAACGGAAAAGGCAUUAUAGAAGGGAA